GGGGCGAGACAAAGACACCUCGGCGCCCAGCGCAGCCCCGCGGGAACUCCGCGCUCCGAUCCCCAGCCCUGCGGAACCCCGCGCGCGCCGUCCGCCACGCGCCCAGCCCAGCUGGCGUCCAAUGCUCCCUGGGGCAAUGGCCAGGUUCCUGCUCCACCCUGCUCUCCGGAGCGCUGCUCUGUCUGUCUGACCUCCCGGCAUCUCCCCCAGUCCCCGCCAGGUUCCGGGCGCUCCCGGGGCUCCCAGCCUCUCUCCAAUCUGUCCUGGUGCAGGAGCUCAGGCCGCUGGCUUGGAUGGAAGGGUCGAGGCUGCCCGGGCGUCCAGGGGUCUUUCUUCCCAAGUUGGUGCUGCUGUUUAUCUAUGCAGAUGAUUGUCUUGCUCAGUGUGGCAAAGACUGCAGGUCUUACUGCUGUGAUGGGACCACUCCCUACUGUUGUUCCUAUUAUGCCUACAUUGGAAAUAUUCUUUCAGGCACUGCAAUUGCCGGCAUCGUGUUUGGGAUCGUAUUCAUCAUGGGGGUUAUUGCUGGAAUUGCCAUAUGCAUCUGCAUGUGCAUGAAGAACAACCGAGGUACCCGGGUGGGUGUCAUCAGGACCACUCACAUCAACACCAUCUCCUCCUAUCCUGUGGCACCACCCCCGUACAGUUGCGACUACGAGAUGGAAUACUGUCCAGACUUGCCCCCUCCAUACUCCCCAACCCCACAGGCAUCAGUGCAGCGCUCUCCACCUCCUCCUUACCCUGGAAAUUCAAGGAAAUAAUCCUCCAGAACAGAAUAUGUGCCAAUCAGUGACCUUCCCUGGAAUAAAACGCCUCUACUCAGAAAUAGGCAGGAAAGGGUUUCCCUAAGGAAGGUGUUUUGGGUCAGCUAGUAUUUGAGGCAGAAUGUCCCUAUGAAGAGAUAUGGGGUUCUGAUCUUGCUCAGAGCUGUCCCCAUCACUGUAUUUUAAGAGAUUUACUGAUUCACUUCAGCACAUUUGAGAGAAGAGUAAUGAGAUUGACAGAAUAUCUGAUAACCAUGUUUUUUAAGGCCUAUUUGAAGGAAAUUUCAAUAUUGAUUCUGGAAAAGAGAAGACUUACACAGAACAGAAGAAUGGCCCAGGCCAUACAAGGAAACAACUCUAUUCUACAUAGCUCUGAAAUUUGGAACUACAUGCCAGGCACUGUGUGGGGCACUGGAUGAAAGUUUGAGGACGGGAACUUUGAUUUUGGUUUUAAAAAGAGCAGUUGGAGCUUCCUCAUCAACUGGAUCACUUUGUGACACUUCCCUACUACCAAGACUUCAGAAUCCAGCUAACCAUCUGGUAGAGAACUACUCCAGAAGUGGUUUCUGCCUCAAGUAUAUGUGGGUCCCUUGCACCCUCAAAGCUCUGCUUAUAUUUUGCGUAGGUGUGAAGUGAAUCUUUAUCUCCUGGAGUGAAAACAACAAGAUUGGCGAAUGUUAUUUAUUUAACUUGAGAGCUAAAACAGGAUCAAAGGGAUUCAACAACUGCUUGAAACCAAGAAUUCUUCAACAUCAGCUACUGCCAUCUAAAAAUUAUCUGGCCUUGGUCAAUGAAUUUAAAGAUUUUCCAGCUGUGGCAAAAAAAAAAAAAAAAAAAAAAAAAAAAAACCUGUAGCAAGUUCCAUAGGCAACAACUACUACGCUUCAAAGUAAAAGAUGAGAAGCCAAAUAUCACCAUGGGAUUUCGUGUCAGGGAGCAAGAUCUCAGGACUAUCAUGAAGACUGUGCAAGCUUACAAAACAAAGAAAGGGAAACGAAAUUUGGGUUCCUGUCUUUGGAAUUCCAUUCAAAUGUAGCUUAGACAAUUUUUUCUUUCUCUUUUACAGAACUUUGAUAAUAUAUGCUACUGAAAAAAAUAUACACUUAAUGGAAAAGGAUAAGGUACUGACAUCAGAUUGUUGCCUUUUAUCAAAAUGCAAAUUUUAUGAAGUGCCUACCUUUAGAUAUAAAAGGAUUUCAUAAAUAAUUCUUAUGUGCCAUAUUUUGCUGCAAGUGAUAUUAAUAUUAAUCUUUCUAUGUGGGUCCUUACAAUGUGUUUAAAGAUUGCAUGAAAGAGGACUUCAAAAUGUCAGUGGAAAAUGGAGUUAAACAAUAUGCACAUUUUCCGUGAACUUUUUAAAGCCCCCCUCCCUUUGUACUCGGCCUUCAGACAGAUGAUCAGAUUUUAGUGUCACUUACAAUUAAAUCUAAAAUAUUUAAUUCAAGAUUAUCAUCAUAUUUAGUCAAUAUCAUCAACAAUUUAGUCAAACUGCAAGACAGUGCUCAGAAUUUUGCUGAAUAAAACAACCAAAUAAAAAUGCCUUGUUAUAAAUUAUACUACCUAGAGUUGUGAUUAGGAAACUUAAUAUGUUUCCUAUUUUACUCUUAAAAAUAACACUAAAAAUAGAAAUAUGUUGAUUUGACUGAAAUAUAGUCUGUCUAUGAAAUCUAAAUGCUAGAUAUGAUUUGAAUGACUUUCUUGAUUUUCAGGCACUGAUCAUUUUGCUCCAUUUGAAGAUGCAAACUAUUCAAAACUUCCACGCUAUUCUAGUGAGGGACUCCCUGACUUACAUGAAGUUUCUAAGCACAAUUUUAUUAGUAGAUAUGUUUUAAUUUAUUUCUCCUCUGCAAGUGUGGUGAGACCCACUUACACUGCAGCUGUGUUGCUCAAAGUGCCAGGGUCUCUGUGAUGUUAUAACUUUUUGUUGCAGAUACACCAUAUAUUCUUUAAGAGAAACUGAAAAGAUCAUGUUUAUUAUAUGCCUUUUAUGUUCUUCAUAUACUACCCGCAUAAAAGCCAUUUGAGUCCAUAUCAUCUCUUUUCUUAGAGUUGUUUAUGGCUGCCCUGAAGGCAUUUCACAAACCCACAGAUCUAUAAGGGAUGAGUAUUUUUACUAUUUGUAUUUAAUGUCAGAAUAAUAUAAAUGUUCACGUUACCAGUAUAGAUUUUUGGAUUUCACUGAUUGUUUUCAUAGAUUAUGUUCUUUGGGAGAAAAAAUAGUAUAUGAUGUAAAAGCUUUGAAUUAUGAUUAUUUAAAAACUAACAUAUUUGCUGUGGCCAAAGUGUUUACAAUAAGCAAUAAAAUUAAAGAACCCAUUAUAGUAAGGGUUAUAUUUUAA